AUCAGUCUAUGGGCAUCAGUCAAUCUAUGGUGCACGCGUUAAACGCGAAGGUAAAUCUGGUUCCAACGUUUGGCAAAAUGGACGGGGGUCCUCUGGAUCACGAUCCUGACCCCGCGAUGAUAUUGGAGGGUAGACUUCAAGGCUUUUUCCCAGCCUUAGAUGAAGAAGAAGACAAGAAGAAGACACUGUGGAUGGGAGGCGUGCUCGAGUGCUUCACCACAGUAUUUUCUUUAUUCACCCAAAGCGACCAAAAGCCUCAAGAAGAGGACUGGGACAUUUCCUACGAUAAGUUGUCGGAUCUGGUGUACUUGGGCGCUGGAGCCCAAGGCAUCGUGUUCGGUGGCCAAUACCGCGGCGAACUGGUAGCCGUAAAGCAGCUUCGCGACAAAAAUGAUUGCAAUAUCAAACAUCUUCGCAAGCUGAACCACGAAAACAUCGUGCAAUUCAAAGGCAUCAGUACUAAUGGACCUUCAGCCUGCAUCAUCAUGGAGUUCUGCCAAUAUGGUCCUCUAUUUGAGUACAUCCACAGUGGAUCUAGCUUCUUGCCCUCCCAGAUCUUGAAGUGGGCCAAAGAAAUAGCUCAAGGAAUGGCGUAUUUACACAGUCAUAAGAUUAUCCAUAGAGACUUGAAAUCUCCCAACGUUCUGAUUGCCGAUAACCUUGUGGUAAAAGUCAGCGAUUUCGGCACUAGUCGCGAGUGGAAUGAUGUGAGUGCCGUGAUGAGCUUCACGGGAACUGUAGCCUGGAUGGCACCCGAGGUGAUCAGGCACGAGCCCUGCUCUGAACGCGUCGACGUAUGGUCGUAUGGUGUUGUCCUUUGGGAAUUGCUGACACAAGAGGUCCCAUACAAAAAUCUAGAGACACAUGCCAUAAUGUGGGGUGUGGGCACAGAUACGAUUGCCCUCCCCGUGCCGUCGACAAUGCCCGGAAGCAUGCAGCUACUCAUGAACCAGUGCUGGAACCGCACUCCGAGGAACAGGCCUCCCUUCAAGAUCAUUGCGGCUAACUUGGAAAUUGCUGGGGCCGAACUAGCCAGUUAUCCUACGGAGUGCUUCAAGAAGAACCAAGUAGAGUGGCGCAAAGAGGUUCAAGACAGCAUGACUCGAUUCUUCGCAAGGUCCAAAUCGGAGCCGAAAGAGGCAGCUGGGGACGAUCCGGAAUCGGACAAGCACGUCCGGAGAAUAUACGAGAACCAGCUGUGCCGAGCCAACGAGCUGUACCUGGAGGUGUGCACCGUGCGGCUGCAGCUUGAACAGCGCGAGAAAGACGUCGAGGAGCGCGAGAUUGCCCUAAGGGCUUGCCGUUGUGGUAUUCGCCGCAACUUGAAGUACCAUUACAAACCCUCCUCCUCGUCGUCCGAUCUGAUGGCGACCGAUCCUCGUCGGAAGUUCAAUAAGAAGAAGGAAGCCCAGGUGUUGGUGGUUCGAUACGUGGAAAAGAAAAAAACCAACAAAGCAGUAUCGGUGGCGGUACCCGAAGGCGAAGUCCAUAAUGUAAUGGUGGAUGUGGCCUGCGAAUUAAAUAAAAAAGCGAUCGAAAAAAAUAAUAACAACCAGCCACCUAAGAAGAAAGAUACUAUCGUGGAGGUGAAUGGAAACAUCGGAGUAAAACCAAAGGGACAUGGAAAGGUGGAUAACAAAUAUAAAAUACCAGAUAUUGCUCAUGUUUAAAUGUACAUCAUAAAUUAAUACGAGUUGGGAGCGCGUGCAUGCACCCAGCUCGAUCGACUUAACCGGACUGGUGUAAGCGAGCCUGUCUCGCCCUUCGAUUUUAGAAAACAGAAUCUUUUUACAAAGAGUCUCACUAUCUUCGUGUAAUAAAAUAACAAAAAACCAAAAAAAAGUAGUUAGACUUUGAUAUUGCUUUACAGCAUACGAAGGUUUCAAUUUAAUGUGUCUGUAUAUUUAGAACUGGGAGAUAUUAUUGUUUAACUUGUACUUACUACACGGACGUCACUCAAGUUCCUGCAAAGCCUAGGAAAACACAAAAUGUCUGUACGAUUUUGUCUCCUACAGUUUCAUAAUUUAAUAGGAAGUAGUGAUUUUGACAUAGGGAUAUCCCUAAUUCAUUAUAUUGUGUGUCUAUGUAUUCAAUUCUAUUAGCGAACACAAUGAAAUAUACCCACAUAAUACUACGAAGUAAAUAUAUUAUAAGCUAAACAAGUUACCAUCACAGUAGCAACUAAAUGUCUAUUACAGUUACGUAUACUAAAAAUAAGAAGUGACUCCAAGGUUGGGAAUUCAAGCAGACGGAAGUCCUAACCUCAUUCUGUAGGUAAGUGUCGAUGAACAAUUUUACCUGAUACCGCCAAAUGUCCCAACCACAUCGGAGAGUACACGCAAUAUAUAACUUAUAUCAGUUAAUAAUCUAAAUAUUCAUAAUCAUUCCAGAAAAUUUUAAUAAACCUUUGUGCGGGCUGAAAGCGCCUCUGAAAUGCACGGCAGAGGCACUCAUAUAUAUAUUUUUGAUUUUAAAGUCCCGAUCACUGCAGUCAUUUAAUUUCUAGAGACUAAAGUCCGAAGACAUGUAAACUAGGGACUUAUAGCUUUAGCGAAUUCGCAUUAAUGAAGGAAAUUCGAAUCUCGCGUCCAAUUAUUAUAAUCUAACUUUCAGUCCGCGUGUAGUGAAACAUUGGUGUGUAGAGAUUAAAUUGUAUUAGAUUACUGUGUGUUUAUAUCCUUUCUUUAAUUAGAUCCAGUAAUUAAUUUGCAUCAAAUAUCUUACAACCGAUAUAUUGAACAACUUAAACUAACAAAGCUAGAAAAUAAAAACACAUAAGGACUCUGAUUGUGUGCUCACAGAAAACUAUUAAUCUCAAAAUAAAAUAUCAAACACUAAGAAAUCUUCUAAAACGAAGUGUCAUGACUGAAUAUCCUUAUAUAGUACACAAAAUUCUCAUUCAAUAUAGAUGUGACAAAGGUUUAUUGUAGGGUACCCGACUUUAAAAUGUCCAAAAAUAUUGUGGUUGUGCAAUAAUAUAAAUAUUAAAAGGUAUAUCUACUUAUUUCAUAUUUGGUCGGUUAACCGAUAUAUUUGGUUUACGGUAUUAGUGUGCUUAAUGGCGCGUACUCGGCUAUAAAUAAAGUUUAAAACUUGUCGUGGAAUACAUAACAUUAUGACGUCAUCACAACAAUUAGAAAAAAGGUUUAGCAAAAUGUACCUAGUCAGUUACCCUAUAAUAAUCUAAACGUCUAUUUUUUCGAAGACUAUGAUUUUAUUAUCCUUAGAUAUACUUUUUAGUUUAGUGAAUAAGUAGUACUAGUUGGUAAAUUUAUUUCAUUUUAUAUAAGUUUAACAGUUUUAGCUAGACUAAAACUACUUAGGCUUAGGUUUAAAAGUAUGAUUUAUUAAUUUUGUUUUACUGAUUUUUACUUUGAGAAAAGGUUUUGGACCAAUUGCUGUCGUAGACACCAAGUUUGUUAUUUUCGCAAACUUUCUAACUCGACAGUUAAUUGGUGUGGAAACUUGUCUCUUUCCCAUGUAUUAGCUUUUUUACUCUGUUUUUAUAUAAAAAAAAAACUUAAUGGUAAUGACUAGUGAGAAGUAAUAUUUUUAUAACAUAUUUUUUGCUAAUCGUGCCGCGCGCGCUGGGGUAUGCACAAAUUGACUUAAAAUUUCAAUCAAUAUUGAUAUUUGGCAGGAGUAUUUAAUUGCGAAUCUUAUCAGUUAUAAAUAAAAAAUACCCUACAUAUGUUUUGUAGGGAUUUGUCUAAAAACUAAAUCAAGCGUUCCCCAGUGCACUAUUGCGGCGGGUUGGAUAGGUUCGGGAAUGAUAGGGAAAGAUAAAAAGUAUUAUUAAAUUUUUAAUAAUAAUGCCUUGCUUGAAGGCUAUGGCUAUUAUGAUGACUAGAUGUUUACGGCUGUAUUUAAAAGCUAUUUCGGUCAUUUAUUUAGAAUAAAAAUUUGUAAGCGAACAAGUUUGACGAGUUUACUUUAUUAAAAGUUACAUAAUCGAUCCAGAUUAUAUAAAAAAAAUAUUAUAUAUAACAUAAAUUGACAUUAAAAUUGUAAUUGAACACAACGGUUAGUAUCUUGACGUGUGGUAUCCGUCCCUGCUAUUGUGCGACGGUAAAGAAGAGCUGUGCAUUCCAUGUGUAGCGCAACAUUAUUAUCGCAACAACACAGUUGCAACUUCCACUACUCUUGGUACAUACGACCGUUGUCAAACGUGAUAUGAUAAACUUAAACAGCCCAUCUUUGUUUAUUAAAACAAAUAAAGCUGACCCCACGUGCGCGAUCCUUGGGCGUGUGAGUGGCGCAGGUGUCCCGAGCGUGUUGCGUGAGUGUGGCGUUUUGUUGCCUUGUGGCGUUUGGGAAGAGUGCAAGCGGCGGGCUCGCGUCGUGUACUCGGUGACGUCACUCAUACGACCGAAGAACGCAUGCGCUUAAUGUGGGGAGGCCUAAUGCUGACGCCUAACUGACCGAUUUCGUACUAUAAUUAAAUUUGAAAUAAAAACGCUAUUAUGCGCUAACCUUUUGUAAAUAUAUUGUCACGCGAGCUGAACAGAAGCAAAAAAUAUGUUACCGACCUAGCAAGUUUAUUUUUUUACUUAUAUUACUUAUUUAUGUUUAAAGGUUCCGUACGGCGAGUGAUUAUUUUAAAUAAAUGCUCAAAUAUUAGUUUUAUGAUUUAAUUUAUACUUACGGAAGUUGAGGGUCCAAAUUAAAGAUCUCAAAAUGUUGCAUUUUUUGUAUACUUUGUUAUUGUUUGUGCGGAACCUUCGGUGCGAGUUAAACUUGUGCUAUUGUGAUUAUUAUUAUAUUAUUUUAAACUUAACGAAGUGAUAGUAUUGGGCACUGGAUUGGAGAGACCUGGCGUGAUCUUGUAACGUGUAGACUCGACGGUUCCACUGUCGGGCAAGUCCUAGUAUGAACCAAAGAGCCAGUGUUAAUUCAGUCCAAAAGUUAAUACAGAUCACGAAUAAAUUCACGAACUUCAUCAUUUAGGCUUCGUACUUCAUUAAACGAAUUGAAAGUAUAGACUGCACUUAGUCUGAAUGUAAUUUUUUACACUAUUUUACUACUAACUUUUAAUCCUCUUGUGACCCUUUGGCACUGUUCUUAACUGCUCAACUUUGUCGAGCUACAAUACAAUUUGGUAACGAUAUCUUUAUAAACAUUUUGACAAAUUUUGAAAACCGCAACGAUUUUGAGUUAAGGUUUUUAUUAUUAUUACACCAAGUUGUUCACGAAAUCUGUUCCUGAUGAUUAUUGUCACAAUUUAGCGCGUGUAGGUACACCUCGGCAGUGCCAAUUUGUCAAUCUUCGCCUAAGAAUCUUUUAGUAUCUACCUUUACCACCUCUGAAAACGAAAUGUACAAUAUUUGAAGCAUUCGACGCAAAUACUCGACAUGAAAAUAUUAACGAUCAAUUUCGAGAGACUGUCUAAAUUCUGAGAAUUAAACGGUUUUCCACAUCAAGAUCAAAUUUCAUAAAUUAAAGUUAACAUAUGUCAUAUCAUUUUACGGCGAUGGCAAAAUUCCAAGUUUCAACGUGUGAGAUAAAUACGGUGCGAACUGGUUCGAUCCGGAUUGCAUUGUGACGAAUUAAAUACCAACCUAUGGUUAUCGUUAAUAUUUCGAUGGAGGAGUAUUUAUAUCAGGUGCGGAUAAUAAUAUGGUUGUAAGUCAUUUCAUUUGGAGGGUAUCACCAAUAUACUGAACAAUGAUUAAUCAGCUUACACCGAACUCUUCGUUUAAUCAUUGGUACUCUCAAACCUUUCUGCCAGGGCUUUAUAAUUACAAAAUGCGUGUCCCAUCCUAAUCACAUUUGUUUAUGUCACUGUGUUUUAUAGUUUAAAAACAUAUUUAAUAAGUUAAGUUACACCCUAUAGCCCUGGUACUAACUAUUUAUUAUAGAUUAGCCUAAUUUUUGGUCUAGUCGAAUUAAUUUUAAGUGUAUUCGAAUAUGUAUAACGUAGUAAAUAAAUUAUAG